AUGGUCAGAGGAGCACUUGGCAUGCUGAACCAGAUGUUCAAGGAGCUCCGCAAAGGUGUCUUCAUUGAUCCAGCCACGAUCUGGUGGAGGAACAAAUUGAUCCUGGAGGUGCUCCUAGAGAAGAUCGUUUGCACUACUACUGACAAUGGAUCAAACUUCCUGAAAGACUUCAGAGUUUAUGGGCUGACUGAUGAGAACAACAAUCCUGAACCUGUAGGAGAGGGUGAUGGAGAAGAGGAUGAUGGUGGGCAAAAUGAUGAUUACGAUGAAGAGGAAAGCUUUGAGGAUGUGGAAUUUGUUGUUGCCGGAGCCCUGUUGGAUGAAGAUGACUACUUGGAAUACCAGCUACCCAAGCACCAUCGCUGCGCCUGCCACCUCCUCAAUUGUCCACAGUUGAUGCUUCAAAAGCAGAAGUCAAUCCAUUUUUCUCUUCAUCUUUCAUCAGCAGUCACACACUCGCUGCAGUAUUUUAUCACUGCAGUUACAUCAGGAAUUAAUUUCCCGGAAUUCACUGCUGUUGGUCUGCUGGAUGGACAGCAGGUUGGCUGCUAUGACAGUGAGAGGAGAGAAAUCGUAAAGAAGGAGUGGAUACAUUCUGAUGAUCCAGAUCACUGGAACAGAAUUACACAACUUCUGCAAUUUCAUCAGGGGAUCUUCAAAGGCUAUGUGGCUACAACAAUGCAGCGCUUUAAUCAGACUUCAGGAGUUCACACAAUGCAGAGGAUGUACGGCUGUGAGCUUGAUGAUGACAGGAAUGUCAAAGGAUACAAUCAGCUCAGUUAUGAUGGAGAAGAUUUCCUCAGUCUGGAUCUGAACACUCUCACAUGGACUGCAGCUAAACCACAAGCUGUAAUUAUCAAGACAGAGUGGGAUAAGAUUUCUGGCAAUAAUAAUGUGUGGAAGCACUUCCUGGAGAAGGAGUGUAUCGAGUGGUUAGAGAUGUACAUCAGAGAGACUAUGGAGAGGAAAGGUAAAGUGGGUGAUCUGUUACUCUAUGUUUGCAUGAUGGCAUGUUACAGCGCAGUGAUAAAAACUUUAAUCUUCUUCACAUUUUCUCUUCAUUUUUCAUCAGCAGAUACACACUCGCUAAAAUAUUUUGUCACCGUAGUUACACCUGGAAUAAGUUGCCCCGAAUUCAGUGCUCUUGGCUUUGUAGAUGGACAGCUGAUUGGCUAUUACGACAGUGACAUCAGGGACACGAUCCCAAAGACAGAGUGGAUGCAAAAGGUGAAGGCAGAGGUUCCAGAAUACUGGAAAACACAGAAAGAGAUUGCACUGUAUGGUCAGGAGGGGUUCAGAGUUGGUCUGCGUAUAGCAAAUCAGUACUUUAAUCAGACUACAGGAGUUCACACAGGGCAGAGGAUAUACGGCUGUGAGCUUGACGACGGGACUUUUAGAGGAUAUGAGGAGUGGGCUUAUGAUGGAGAAGAUGCCCUCAGUCUGGAUGUGAAAACUCUUACAUGGACUGCAGCUAAACCACAAGCUAUGGCUAUGAAGAACAAAUUGGAUCCUGAUUCUAGUUUAACUGUGGGCCUGAAGAACUUCCUGGAGUAUGCAUGUGUUGAUUGGUUAAAUAUGUUUGUGUCUUAUGGCAGAGAGACUCUAGAGAGGAAAGUUCGCCCUACAGCGUCAGUGUUCCAGAAACACUUGCCUUCUUCAGAGGUGGUGUGUCACGCUACAGGUUUCUUCCCCAAAGCAGUGAUGAUCUUCUGGAGGAAGGAUGGAGAGGAGGUGCAUGAGGACGUGGAUCUCAGAGAGACGUUACCCAACCAGGAUGGAAGCUUCCAGAAGAGAAGUAUUCUGAAAGUCCCAGCUGAGGAGCUGCAGAAACACACCUACACCUGUGUGAUUCAGCACAGCAGCUUGGAGGACGAGUUAGUGCUAGAAGUACCAAAAGGUGGAGGACUGAUGGUUAUCAUCAUUGGUGUAGUUGUGGCUCUUGUCGUUCUCGUUGUUCUGGUUGCCGUUGUUGCUGGAAUUAUGGUUUGGAAGAAAAAAUACUCUGGCUUCAGACCUGCUCCAGCCGCUGAAGAGUCUUCCUCCACCAACUCUUAAAGUGUGAUUGUGUGUCUUCCUGCUGAAAUGAGAGAGUAAGACAUGAUGAUGUUUACAGUAUCAUAUGGAAGAAAAGUCUCUGUGUGUGUACAGAGAAUGCUUGACAUUUUGAUCACAUGAAUUCAUGUGUCAUGACUUCUGAAGACAGUUACAGUACUGUGUAAAGCACAGUAGGUAGAAAAAUGCUGUAAAGUUUAAAUGCUUUCUAAAAUAGAAGUGUUAAUAGUUUCUUUAUUAUCAAGUAACAAAAUGUAACAAUUAAAAGCACAAAUAGAAAUCCAAAUCAAAUAAAUAUUUGGUGUGACUGCAUGGCAGACAUUUGGCAUGGAAACAGGGGAUUCAACUACUGUAUGCAUGAAAACAUAGCAUCUGGGUACAGAAAGAUGGCAGAAGGCCUCUAUACUAAUGAGACAAAAUGUUAAAUAUUUGGCUCUGACAGUAGGUAGCUUUUUAGCUUUUUAGGUAGUGGUGCAUUAAUGAGUGUCUUUAGGCAACAGUGAUGCAUGGUGGAGGUAUCCUGUAGGUUUGGAGCUGCAUUUCUGGUGUCCUCAAUGCUGGAAAUACAGGCAGAUACAGUACUUAUAAUGGAUAAGAUACUAAUGAUGGAUCUGCAUUACCAUCUGGGAAGCGUCUGAUUGUCCCCAAAUUUAUUCUGCAGCAGGACAAUGACCCCAAACAUAUAGCCAAUGUCAUUAAGAACAAUUUUCCUUGUAGAAAAGAACAAGGAGUCCUGGAAGUGAUGGUUUGCCCCCCACAGAGCCCUGAUCUCAACAUCAUCCAGUCUGUCUGGGAUUACAUUAAGACAGAAGGAUUUGAGGCAGCCUAGAGAAGAUCUAUGGUUAGUUCUCCAAGAUGUUUAGAACAGCCUACCUGCCAGUUUCCUUCAAAAACUGUAUGCAAGUGAACCUACAAGAACUAAUGCACUUCUCUGCACAGUAGAACAGCACUGUUGAACAUCUUCCAAUGUUGAAGGGAAGUAAGAGUGAUGUGUCUUUCAUCUGCUGCAUUAAAUACUGAUUUUAUUUAGCUUUAGUUUAUUCUGUUUGUACACUUUGCAUUUUGUAAAUAAAUCAGAAAUAACUAAUUAAUAUAUAUAUAUAUUUUGAGAGCAUUCUUACUUUACAGCAUUUUAUCAUACCUGCCUAAAGCUUUUACACAGCACUAUAUAACCUACAAAUCUGUAAACCUCAUGUUUAUUAGAAGAUAAUGCUGCUUUACCAUAUCCAAAGUUUCGGUAAACACAAAUCUGCAUGCAUAUUUAUAAUCUGUGAAUGUAAAAUGUGUGUAUGUCAUUAGUCAUAAACAAUUCACUGUGAUAUCUUAGUUUCCCCAGUGUACAGUGAGGUGUGACCAGAGUCUGGGUUUGUGUUUGUGAAUGUGGUUUAAAUCAGUUGCAUGCACAAAAACUGUAACCAUGAAAGUGUACACAAAACAAACAAUCUCAGUAAACUCCCACAGACACUGAGGUUUAGUGUUAAUAGCAAAGUCUUAUAUUAGUGUCAGAGAUCAGAAUUCAGCAUGAAAGUGUUCAUACAGUAAACAUGCACAUAGUUCAGUGUUAUUCAUUUAAGCAAGUGUUAAAGCACCAUUUAGUGUUAGUAAGUAAGCAGAAAAUCAGUUAGUUCAGUGUUUACCAGCCAGUUUGUGACAAAUGUAAAUAAAUGACGCUGGUGUAUAGUAAAUGGCAACCUUCUAGGUUGGUGAGGAGUUAAUGCAGUAACGUAGAUGACUUUUGCUGGUGUCAGAAACAGGGGUCAGUCUAAAGGCACUCCACUCAGCAGAAUCAUGUUUCAUGUUCUCUGAUUUUCCACCCUCUUAAUGUUUACACAUGAAUGUCAUAUCUGAGUUUGUUUAAUUUCUGCAACUGUGAAAAUCUUAAAUAAUACACAUUCAGAAUCUUAACAUAAUUUUUGGAAUAUUUUAAGUUUAUAUGGAAUUCAACAUUCUGUAUUAUUUUAAAAAUUGUGUGUAAUAUUAUGGAAUCGUUAUUUAAUAUUAUAUUUUAUUGUAUGUUCAAAAACUUUAGCACUGUUGAUUUUGAUCCUAGGCCAGGGCUACUUCUGAUCCCCUCUGUUACCCAAUUUGAGUGACUGUAGUUAGGGAGGUGAGAAUUUUAUUUAAAUCUAUCCAAUGUUUUCUGCAAUCAGUGCGUUCUCAAUCAAGACAAGGCUCAACAAUGAAGUUGACCAUAAAUAAGCUUCCUGGGCUUUCACCACAAUUAACAAUAAGAUGAGAACAUGGAAAAAUAAUUGUAGCAAGAGGAUAAGGUGUGAAAAAGAAAAGGGUUCUCGGCUUUGUUGAGUCUUAAUAAAGUCUGAUUUUUACAAUGUUAA